AUGGCGGCCCCGCAGCGGGUUUGUGGGUUUGGGACCCCCCCCCUGAGGUCACCCCACUCCCCUUUUUUUUUUUUUUUUGAUCUCUUUGCCCCCCAACAGCGGCGGGAGAAGAUCGAGCGAAGGCAGCAGGAGGUGGAGUCCGAGCUCAAGCUCUGGGACCCCCACAAUGACCCCAAUGCUCAAGGAGAUGCCUUCAAAACCCUGUUCGUGGCCAGAGUGAAUUACGACACGACGGAGUCGAAGCUGCGCCGAGAGUUUGAGGUUUAUGGCCCCAUCAAGAGGAUCUACAUGGUGUACAACAAGCGCUCGGGGAAGCCGCGCGGUUACGCCUUCAUCGAGUACGAGCACGAGCGGGACAUGCACUCCACCUUUGUGAUGGCUUUUGCCACUGCUGGCUUGCAGCUGAUCCUAAUGCUCCCCCCUCCACACCUCAGUGUAUGGUUGGGACCCCUGGAAUGGGUCAGGGACCCCCGGCACACCUCAGAGACCCCCGGGAAUGGGUCAGGGACCCCCGGGAAUGUGUCAGGGACCCCCAGCACGCCUCACCCGUCCCGGGAUCCCCGCAGGGACCGGGAGCGGGAGCGGGAGCGGGACCGCCGGGAGCGAUCUCGGGAACGGGAGCGGCGCCGUUCGCGCUCCCGGGAGCGGCGGAGGCGAACGCGGAGCCGCGAGAAGGACGAGAGGGAGCGGAAAAGGGGCGGGAGCCGCGACCGCAGCAAGGACCGGGAACGGGAGCGGGACCGCAAGCGGCGCUCGAGAUCCCGGGAGCGAAAACGCGAGCGCGAGCGCGACAAGAAGGACGAGGGUCCCUUAGAGGGGCUGGAGCCCCCCGAGGAGCUGGCGGGGGGAGACGGCGGAGCCGCCGAGGGGAUGGCGGGGGACGCGGCCGAGAAACGGGACAGGGAGCGGGAGAGGCGCCGGGGACACCGGGAGAGGGAGAGGAGGAGGGAACGGGAACGGGAACGGGAGCGGGAGCACAAACGGGAGCGGGAGAGACGCGACGAGAGAGCGGCCGGGGCUGGAGGGGGCGGCGGAACCGGAGGAGGAGGAGGAGGAGGGGGAGGACCCGAGGGGGGCGACGCGGGACCCCCGGGGGACUCGGAAAUGUUUUUGUCAAGCGAGGGGAUGGCGGCUACCGAUGGCUACCUAGGGGCUGAGAAUGGCUACCUGCUGGAGCCGCCCAUGGAGUGAUGGCUGGGAGGACACACAGGAC